AUGUUGGGAUAUAACACGGAGGGCGACGGGGUGGCUGGCAUCCAACGGCGUCUGUCGGAGCACGAUUUUCAUCGUCGUGCAUUUUCUUUGGCAGGGGAAGAUUUGGUUGGAGGCCCUCCGUCCGGGGUAGGAGGAGGAGCGUUUGUCGUCGGUCGACUGACAAAGCCAAGAUAUUGCUUCUUGGCGCCCGAACUCAAAACGGAGGUUUCGACAUGA